CGCGACGAUUGUCAAACGCCAGAAAAAUGGUUGGCCGCAAAAAUCACGCGUAACAUUCACCCACUUGCAAACGAAACAGGAAAUAUUGUGCGGUUAAAGCACCUGCAUUGUAAUUAGUUAGGUAAAUGUGUGCACCGAAAAGUCCCACCAACCUUUCUGCAUUGUCCGUGGCAGUCUAACGGCAACGGGGAAGUCAGUUCCGAGUGGCGUUCUUUCCCGUCCAGAGCAUCGGUACACCGUCGCACGGUACCUUUGGGAGGAGGACGUGCGGGAACUACUAUGCUCGAGCCGUAGAGGACGUCUGUUGUUCGGUGGGAAAGCUAAACGACGCGUUUGAUAGCAGCCGGAAGUAGUUCGAUCGAACCUAUCGCGAACAGUGUGCUCCUUCCCUGUGAUCCCGUAUCGCAUUUCAGUCGCAGAAAAGUGAAGCCGUGUCGUUUUUUUUUUGUUGUUUUGCACGAGAACCGGAUCGUGACCCACACAGUAUGUUGUGGCAGUGCGGUGGCAUAGUGUGUAAAUAGUGCGCAGUUACUUACCCCCGGGGCCUAGAUAGUAGUAGAUAGAAGUGUUUCUGUUUUGUCAGUGUGAACCAAAGGUCCGAAAUUUCACCCCUCCUCCUUAUCUGGUGCCGUUUGUUAGCAGUGGUGGGUGUGCGUUCCUUCCACUCGGUUAGCUGAGAAUGGAAUUCUCACAGCCACCGCCGUCGGUCGAUGCCGCACCGUCGGUGCAGCAUUUCGCGAACCCUCCGCCCAUCAACCGGAUCCUGAGCUACCAGCAUCCGCAGCCACCGAAGCAGCAGUUUAACUUCUACCACCACAAACCGUACCACCACUUCAAUGGCUUCCGAGGCGGCGGCCCGAUGUCGCAGGAUGACUUCGAUGGCAAGCGGCUCCGGAAGUCGGUUAUGCGCAAAACGGUCGACUAUAAUGCGUCCAUCAUAAAGGCACUGGAGUGCCGAACCUGGCAGCGAGACCAUCGUGACAGACGCGCGCUGCAGCCGGAAAGCAUCUACAUUCCCGAACUGCUGCCCCCGCCAAGCUACAUGGACAAUCCGAGCAAUGCGGUCACGACGCGCUUCGUGAAGACGGCCACGAACAAGAUGCGCUGCCCAAUCUUUACCCUCGCCUGGACCCCGGAAGGGCGCCGUUUGAUUACGGGCGCAAGCUCCGGCGAGUUUACGCUAUGGAACGGGCUCAUGUUUAACUUUGAGACAAUUCUGCAGGCACACGAUGUGUCGGUACGUACGAUGGUUUGGUCACACAACGACAACUGGAUGGUGACCGGCGACCACGGCGGAUUCGUCAAGUACUGGCAGUCGAACAUGAACAACGUCAAGAUGUUCCAGGCCCACAAGGACCCGAUACGCGGAAUCAGCUUUAGUCCGUCGGAUGCCAAGUUUGCGAGCUGCAGCGAUGACGGCACGGUGCGGGUGUGGGAUUUCCUACGCUGCCAGGAGGAACGGGUACUGCGAGGCCACGGUGCGGACGUAAAGUGUGUUCACUGGCACCCGCAGAAGGCGCUGAUCGUGUCGGGAAGCAAGGACAACCAGCAACCGAUCAAGCUGUGGGAUCCCAAGUGUGGUCAAGCGUUAGCAACACUACACGCUCACAAGUCGACGGUGAUGGAUUUGAAGUGGAACGAUAACGGCAAUUGGCUAGUAACAGCGUCCCGGGACCACCUGUUGAAGCUGUUCGAUUUGCGGAAUCUCAGCGAGGAGGUUCAGGUGUUCCGAGGGCACAAGAAGGAAGCGAGUGCGGUAUCGUGGCACCCGAUACACGAGGGACUGUUCUCAUCCGGUGGGUCCGAUGGGUCGAUCCUUUUCUGGAACGUUGGAACGGACAAGGAGGUUGGCAGCAUCGACAUGGCACACGACAGCAUUGUCUGGACGUUGGCGUGGCAUCCGCUCGGGCACAUCCUAUGCUCGGGGUCGAACGAUCACACGGUAAAGUUCUGGACGCGCAACCGGCCCGGCGAUCAGAUGCGCGACAAGUACAACCUCAACACGCUGCCCGCCAGUUUGGCCGGGCUGGAUGAGUGCGAGCUGGAGGAACACAUCGUCAUUCCGGGCAUGGGUCCGGAGGACAAGGUGGACAUCGUGGAAAGCAUUGCUACGAAGGAGGCCGGCCCCAUUCCGGGCUUGGAUCUCAACCUGAACAGCUUCAAUGAGAAGAUGCGCGAAAAGAAGAUACCGUACAGCAAGCCCAUUCCGCGCAACUUCCAGGCCCAGUGGAACGAGUCGAGCAAGCUUGACGAUCACUCAUCGACGGCGGACGAGAUUAAGGAGGUGAUUUCGCAGAUCGUUGACAGGGGACCGGCCUCGCCGAAGAAGCCACUGCCGACCGCUAUUUCGCUGUACGAGCAUAUGAUUCCGGUGAUACCGGGCAGCGCCUUGGAGCAAGCGAUUAGCGAUGGAACGGAAGCGCUGAACCGAUUCAUCGAGAAUGGUGGAAUUCCGCAGCUGCGCGACAUAUUCCCACCGAUCGACGAACCGGAACAUUCGGCGAACGGUGACGAAGAUCAGCGUCCAAAACCGCCCGCUAAACGAGCGCGGCUCGACGUCGAACCAAAGUUCUUUUACGGCCCACAGCCGUUCAUGAUGGAUCCUCCCGAGCAGUCGCGCGACUCGGUCCACUCGGCGGACGAUUCCCGCUCGAAGGACGACGUGACGUUCGAUCCGAAGCUUCCGUCGCUUCUACAGCUCGACGUAAACCCGCCCGUGAACGUGCAGUUCAACACGGAGGACCCGGUAGAUGUGCGCGCCAACUGGAAGGCACGCGAUCGGGACCAGCAGCAGCGCGAGAAGCGUGAUCUCGAGGAAGACAAAAAGAUCUGGAAGGAGUACAACGAUCGCAACUGGGACGAGGACGACAAUGACGACUCGGUGACGGUGAUGGAACCGCCCUCCGGCUCCUCGGCCAACCGGUCCGAUACGCCGGUCAGCCAGAACACCAACAGCAACGGGCAGUGGGUGGCGGACUACGAUAAUGAUGGACCGUCGGGUGGUCCACCGCCCGGCAUGCACGGGUUGGCCCCGUGGCAGAUGCCAAACAAUGGUGGUAAUGGGGGAGGCGGUGGUGGUGGUGGUGCCGGUGGUGGCAAUAACCAGCAUUCGGGAGGCAUGCCACCGUUCGGUGGUGGUUACGGCGAUGAGGACGGUGGCCGAUCGAUGGACGCAUUUAAUCUACAACGACCUCCACCGCCGAUUCCGGGAGGGCCGCCGCCGUUCGGUAACCUUAACCCGAAUCCGUUCGCCAUGAUGGGUGGCCAGAACGAGGAGGAGGGCGGUGGCUACCACCAAAACAACAGCAACAACAAUCACCACAAUUCCGGCAAUCAUAGGAACGAUUUUAACCGGAAUGACGAUUGGCGCAACGACGGUGGCGGUGGAGGCCAUCGGGGCAACCACCGGAAUCGGGGCGGGGGCAGAGACUUUCGGGACGAUCGAGGUGGUGGUGGAGGUGGAGGUGGACGACGCGAUCGCCGGUUUGGUGGACGUGGAAGGAAUUGAGGCCCAUACGGCAUCUAGCUUCUCUCGUCGUUGUCGUCGUCGUACCACAACGGAAGGUUGUACGAAUGUGGCUGAAGGAUCGCGUUUGUGUGAUUGUCGAAAAGGGAAGCGUUGGUUAUUGGUAAAAAGAAAGUUAGCAUUUAAGGAUGCAUACGCUAAGCCCCGUGUACAAAUGACUGUUUUCCGAUGUAAAAGAUAGCAAAAAAAAAAAAAGAAGGAAUAAAGAAGAUGCGUCUGCGUGAACUGUA